GCUGCUCUCUUCAUCUACCCUCGUGUCACUUCCUUUGCCCUCACAGCCUCGCAGAGAUUCGGUUCAAGGCGUGGAAGGCGAGAGAGGAAGGCAGGGGGGGGGGUUAAGAGGUUCAUCCUCCCCACCCAGCUCGGUCCAUUUCUUGGGGUGCAGCUGAGGGGCAAGAAGGCAGCACCCCUUCGUCCUCUCCUGAUGUGGCGGGUCCCUCCGCAGUCUACAGAUGCUCUUCUCUCCGUCCGUCCGAAACUCUGCCUUCGGUGGAUGGAGAAGCCCCCAAAAAUCCUUCUAAAAGUGGCCAACUUUUGGGGUGACUAUGGAGAAUGUGCUGUUUUCUGCGCUGAUGGGGCUUCUCUUCUAUCCAUCGGCCCUGCUGGUCAAACCCUUCGUACAUUUUCACCCGCUCCAGUUAAAUCUAACAGAAGGAGAGACAGCAAAAUUUACUUGUUCCAUCUCCAAGCCUGAUUUGGGGAAACAUCUGGACUGGUACAAGCAGGGCCACGACCAUCAGCCGGUCAAAUUGGACGGCAGCAGCCGGAAGUACGGCUUUUCCAAGAGAGACAACCGCACCUACGAGAUGGAAAUCCGGCAGGUGGAGAAGAACGACAGCGGGACUUAUUACUGCUGGGUGAAUCCCUUCAACUCGGAAGGGACCAUGCUGGAGAGUAACCGAAGCAACCUCAUCGUGACAGGUGUGACGCCGUAUUUCGAGGAGUGGCCGCCGGGGGGUGGGUUUUGACCGCUAAAAAUGACCGAUUGUACAGAGAGGGGGCAGUAGUCCUCGGAUUAUGACUUCGAUGAAGUGCAAAAUUUCCGUUGCUAAGCAAGGAUGUUCUAAAGUACUUUUUGU